UUUCAACCGAAGGAAUUUUGCGUAACGUUGAGGGGCGGCGGACCCCCUAAUAUAUUUGCAUCAGACGAAUAUCUUGUCGCUACGGCUGAGCGACCAAGUCUCACAUCGUCUUCGAGCCCGUCUUCGCAUUCGAUGGUUGACGUACCUUCCGAGUUCUCUGUAUCUUCGGCUUCAUCAACUCGCUCGGAAGCAUCCUCCAACGAAACUGUUAUUCAUACACCAUCUCCCGCAGGGCCCGACCGGCAACCAUCGCUGCCCCAGGCUCGGAUUGGAGAGAUCCUGAGGAUACCCUCCACGAGAGCUGAUUUACGAGGAAUUUGCGAUGAUGCUUUACGGGAACAUAUCUGGAGACAGUCAUUGGACUAUAUACCUUUGUCGCUUCGUCACACCGGGUUGGAGAGAUUUCCUCAAUUUCAGAUACCAUUGUCGGACCUUAGGCCGCCACAGGAUUCUUUGCCCAAUAACCCUAGACCACGGCAACCUAUCAUUCUUGAUGGAAGCGCAGGUUGGAGGGCACGUCAGCGUGGCAGGACCGAGGUCAACAUAGCUGCGGCCCGACUGCUAGAGGAGAUGGAAAGAUUACGCCAGGAGGAUCUUCGCAUCAGAGAAGACCGUCGUCAGAUCGCAUAUCUCCUUCGUCGCUCGAUAAUGGCCAACCAGCCCAUAAUUCUAAACCAUAUUCCUCCUCCGCAGAUGCCGGUCAAUGCGAAUUUCCCAUUGCGGGUAUUAGAGGACACCGAGAGAGAAAACGUCGUCAAUAGACUUCCACCACAUGCUAGGCAGCGCUCUAGCCGUGUUAGACAACGAUCUGAUGAGGUCAGAGAGGAAUCCGAAGGGACUGAACGGGACCCGUUCGACGAGGUUAAUCCAUUUCGCCGAAGAAGGAACUUGCCUAGGUGGGCUACCUACUCCAAUCUUUCUGAGGGGUGAUUCAAAUUUCGUCCAGGGUACGUUUCUGGCCAGUGACUAGACGUCGUUGGGACGACUGUAGGGAACUUUGUCAUGGCUAUUUCUUUCUUUCUUGCUUUCAUUAUUAUUCUUUGCAUAGCGUACGGAUGCUGUUUUCUUUUUCUUAUCUUAUUCCGUUGGCGUUUGAGGGUUACUUCUCAUCUCACUCUACGGCUCGUCAAUAUUUUCUUUUUCCGCUGUCGAUAUAGGCGUUAUACUAAGAUGCUUGUGGGAAAUUACCCACCGACUAGACCUAGUAUAUAGGCUCAUUAGCUGUGGACUACACUAGCCUUUAUCAAUACAUAGGCAAUGAAGCGCAAAUAUCAAAGCGAGUUCAGGCUGA